UUAGAUAAAGAUACUUUUCACUGUCGAGGAAUGAUAUAGAUACUGGCGGCCGCUAUUGUAACUACUACACUACUACAGCUAAAGAAAGAGCAUGUUAGGAGCCUCAUGGAAAAUAGUAAAACGUAAACAGUGGAUGAAUGCAGUGAAAAAUUACGUAAAAAAUCCAAAAGACUGGGUACCAAAUAAAUAUACGAGGAUUUGUAGUACCUUUUUUGUAAAUAAUGAAAAAUCAGAGCAUCCGUUACAUCCAUCUUAUGUUCCUUCGAUUUUUCCUGGUCGUGAAAAUAUAAAAAGAAACAUUCAAUCSUUAGAAUGUUUCCAACGAGUCAGAAAUCGUGAAAGAAACAUAGUCCACAUCAAUAAAUGUAUUGUGAGUGAAAAAAAUAGAAAUAACAUAAACAUUGAAAAUACGAUAGAUACAGUAAUGGAGCAAGAUGAUGAAGAACAUGCAAGUAGUGUUGAAGAACAUCAGAUUGAUAUUCAUGUUGAAACUGUUACGGUGAAGCCUAUGCAACGGAGCAUAAGUUGUCAAACAGAGAUAGUCACAGACGGAGCUUAUGAAUAUUUGACAUAUUUUUUUUGUAAUCUCAACUAUCAUAACGAUUUAAGCACGGCCGCAGUACAGGUUAGAAGAGUGAUUGAAGACAGCUAAAAAAUGCCGAGUCAAGAAGUUGUUACUACAAAAGUAGUAGUCCAUCCUUUAGUUUUAUUGAGUGUGGUGGAUCAUUUUAAUCGUAUGGGAAAGAUUGGAAAUCAAAAAAGAGUAGUUGGUGUACUUCUUGGUUGUUGGAGAGCCAAAGGUGUCUUAGAUGUGUCAAAUAGUUUUGCAGUCCCCUUUGAUGAAGAUGACAAGGAUAAGAGCGUGUGGUUUCUUGACCAUGAUUAUCUUGAAAAUAUGUAUGGAAUGUUCAAAAAAGUUAAUGCUCGAGAGAAAGUAGUAGGUUGGUAUCACACAGGACCUAAACUACAUCAAAAUGAUGUUGCUAUCAAUGAAUUGAUCAGAAGAUAUUGCCCAAAUUCUGUAUUAGUUAUUAUAGAUGCUAAACCAAAAGAUUUAGGUCUUCCUACUGAGGCAUAUCAAGCAAUAGAGGAAGUACACGAUGAUGGUUCGCCAACUUCUAAAACAUUUGAGCACAUACCUAGCGAAAUUGGUGCAGAAGAAGCUGAAGAGGUUGGAGUUGAGCAUUUGUUACGUGACAUUAAAGAUACAACAGUUGGAACACUUAGUCAACGUAUUACAAAUCAACUUCUCGGGUUGAAAGGUCUUCAUGAGCAAAUAAGAGAAAUAAGAGAUUAUCUAAUACAAGUUGGUAAUGGUAAAUUACCAAUAAAUCAUCAAAUUAUUUAUCAACUGCAAGAUAUAUUUAAUUUAUUACCAGAUAUGACACAGAGUAGUUUCAUUGAUUCAUUAUAUGUUAAAACAAAUGAUCAAAUGUUGGUAGUAUAUUUAGCAGCACUGGUCAGAUCCAUAGUGGCUCUUCACAACUUAAUUAAUAAUAAAUUGACUAAUCGUGAUGCCGAGAAGAAAGAAAUGGACAAGAAAGAUGCCAAGAAAGAUGAGAAAAAAGAAGAAGACAAAAAAGAUGAAAAAGAAAAAGGAAAACCUAAAAGUCAAUGAAUGAGAAAUGUUGUACAUCUCGAUAAAAAAUUUAACUCGUGAAUUAAAAAAUUAGAACCGUCUAAGUUUAGAAUAAUAAUUAGCUUCGCGUAUGUAAAUAGCGAUGCUUGUUUAUAAUAUAUACGUAAUGAAUUUGUAUUUUUCAACAAAAAUAUCGACAGAGAUUAAUUAUUAAAUUAAUACAGAACGACGAAGUUACCUAUUUUCGCGCUUUUGAAAUCAUCAUAAUCACUUACUACAAUAAUUAUAUCAAAUUUAAAUAUAUAGGUUUUCUCUUGUAAAUGUCACAUGUACGUUGUUAUUACAGUUUUCAAUAUACUACAUGACGAUGUAUGAAAUGAAAUGAUUUAUGAAAAAUGUGGAUAUGAAGUCUAA